GAGAUAAAUUUACCGUCACUUUUAAUUCUUGAUAGCCUGCGAAUACAGCCGCUUCUCUUUUCUUCUCGCGAAACGUCCUUAGCUGCGAGGAGCAAGGAGAAACGGCUGUAUUCGCAGGCUACAUUCUUGAAAGCAGCGAGUCGUGAGUCAGUGGGGGCAAAUUCUCCUGCCCCACAAAUAAAACAGCAUGUUCCGUUCUCUUACGGUUUCGACUACGAAACUAGUUAUUCAAGUAUUUGAUCGUUUCUAGGACUGUGGCAAUGGGCAUUCUGAAACAUGAUUCAAGCCGUCCCCUGCAUCCGGCUGUGUUAACUUAGUUCCGGCACUGACAAAACAGUUUAUAGAAAAUAAAUAACUUAGGGCAUCCAAUGAAGAUCAUUAACACGACUUCUUGGAAUUAUUUCUUAGCGUUGGAUCGCUUGUCUCAGAUGCACGGUGCAGGCGAUACGCAUGUGUAUGUAGAGGCGAUGUGGUUUAUGAAAAUCGGUAAGCUGCUUACUUAUUACGAAGAACGGACAACGAAUGUCUGUUUUUUUACCAACAUUCCCUUAUAUACCAACUUUGAUUCUGUGAGCGGAAAAUGCAGACAAGACCUAAAGGUUGGUGGCUUGAAAAAGACGCUCCAAAAGAAAGUUUUAUGACCAUGGUAUGUGUCUUUUAAACUAAUCCGAUUCUUCCAAACGCUGGCCCGGUUAUAUCAUUGGUGUUUCCCCCCUCAUGCACGUAUAGUUUCUGAUAUCCUAAGGGGUCAUCCUAGGCUGCAUGGGUUACAGGAAGCUCAUAAAUGGAGCAAUAGAAUCGUGACAAAAUGUCAACCAAGAAUAAAUGCUAUACUUUUCUGGUAUAGCACGUUGCUUCAGUUUAAAAUUAGCGGCAAACAUUCUAAUAAUUUCCUCUUGGCAGGCAAACGGACAGACUGAUACAGAAUGAUAUAUUCAAAGACCUUGCAUUCGACUUCUGCUUAAGCAUUAGUGCUCGGAUAUUCAGCAUAGCUAUAGGAGUUUACCCCUAAUUGCACUUCUAAUGAAAUCUUUACUCUUAGCUUGGAAUCUUGCACUGGAAAGUACUGACAAUAGCUUGGAAAUGCAAGAACUUUUCCUGCGUUGUUAUAAGGUAGACGUGUACAAUUUAAGUUACAGUUACUAAUAUAACUACCCUUCUGGGCCCAGUUGUUCGAAGGCCGAUUAGCGCUUAACCCGGGUUUCUCUUUCUUGUGUUCAAAAGCAUUUUCUCGGAUAAUUUUCUCUGUUAUUUUUAGAGCUUCCAAUCAUCAACUUGUAGACAAAAAGAAUUAAAACGGAAAUGCUUUUUAAUCUUUCAUAUCUGAAUUCAAGUCUCGCUCUAACCCUGUGUUAUCUCAACCCAGCUUUGAACAACUCGGCCCUGUUGCACUAUAUAACAGCCAUUAAAUUUAUGUCUGAAGAAAUUGCAUAUUUGCAACGUAUUUGGAAGUAGUUUAUGCCAGGAGUCUUGUAAAUUAUAGGUUCCUUCAAAAGAUUUCACUUGUUUUCAAAAUUAUAAAUAAAUCAAUGAAAGUUAUUGAUGAAAAUGCCCUAAAAAAGGUUGACUUUAAGAAAAGGCAAAGAAACGAGUACAAUUUAGAUUUAACCAGCUAAUAUUUGUUUUUUUGUGUGUGUUAUGUAGUUUUCUUGCCUUUGUCCCGUGGAAUCUUCUAACUCAGUUCGUCAAAAGAAUUGCCUUGUGAUGGCUGCUGCAUCUGCUGUUCAAGCAGCAAGAGAACAAGACAAAAAUAGCCAAGAAGAGAAGGUUUGUGUUAUUACUUUCUAUAAGAUUUUCUGUGUUACUAAUUCAUAGUCAGGAAUCGUGACUUAAAACUUUUGAACUGGUGGCACAUGCAUUCUGCAUCGUUCUGGAAGGUCUGUUACAUUAAUUGCUCAACCACGACCCCUUUUUUGUUGCACAAAAGAACAGAUAGAACCGAACUCAUGUACAAACACGAACCGCGCGAGCAAGUUGAAGGGUGGCCCUUGGAGACUGGAGAAGCUCUCGGAAUACAUGAGUGCAAUGUAACCGUAGAGAAAAGAGAAAUAGUUCAUUGGGGAUCAGACACAAAGAGAGUUGUUAGUUGUAGAAAUGACGAAGAAAUAUUUACGUUAUUCUAAUCAAAUACUUGUUCCUUAUUAUAGAAAAAGCUAUUAAGGCAGUGUUUGGAGCACGUCGAGACAUGUCGUGAUCUUCGCAAAAAGAUGGGUGGGGGAGGCGUAGUGAAUCAUAAAGGUAAACUGAGUACGCCUUUAUUUAUCGAUCUGUUUUUCCAAACUUUAUCUAACUUUAUUCCUGAAGUUAUAAUGUUCCAAUAGAGCUAAUUUUGGUACUCUUUUCAGACGAAUCGUUUAUACUGCUCACUCUGUAUGAGUUCGAGGCCAAGGUGCAACUUGGUACUGAUUCAGACCUAUAUGAAUGUUUAGACGCAGCGGAAGCUUUGCCACACACUGAUCCAAGUACCUUUGAAACUCUUGCUGGUAAUCAAUUUGCAGAUACGUUUAUAUGUAUAAUUUUCUGUUGAAAAUAAAAAGGAGAAGACCGUGGUCUCCAGUUGGUUAACGCACGAUAUAACUAAACUUGACAACAAAUUAAAAACGGUGAUCACAAAUUUUUUCAUGUUACAAAGCUUUGAGAAAAUUGUUUGAUACAUGGAAUUAUAAGACUGUGACAAGUCUUGUAAACCAACUUUUGUAUAUGUUGGAAAUUUCUCUACUAUUUCUUUGACCAUAUGAAGUUGUACGUGUCAUUAACUUCUAAUACUUCCAAAAAAACAUCUUGCUUUACUAACGUAAUUGCGUUACAUUUGGUGAAUUUUUGCGGCUUGGUGAAGCCAUUGCAGUUGAGUCUCCUACUUGUAACAGAGAGAUAAGUAUGAGAGCUUUGAGAGUUGCUGUCAAGAAACAUAUUGCAAUGGAAUCAGUGGACUUCGCUAAGUUGAGGUAGAGCUAGGUAGCAAUCUUAUAUAUAUUUAUACAGCUGUUUCUUCAUACCGGCAGACAUUUCCAGCUAUAUGCUUAGUUAUUUUAAUUUAUUAUAUAGACACGAGUGUUUUACUGGAAAAUAUACCACUCGUAAAAUUCAUAAAAACUACAUCCGGGACCCAAGUGGUUUAUUUUCCAUAAUCUCACACGUGAGUUUAUCGAUGACGUAAUUUCGGUAAUUUCCCUCUAUUAUUUUAUCGAUGUCUUUUUGUCUAUAUAAUAAAAAGAACAUUACACGGCGGCUUGAAGAUAUGAAUUUUAUUUUCUCGUGGCAAAAAACAAUAUUUUACUCACUCGCUGCGCUCGUUCGUAAAAUAUUGUUUUGCCACUCGAAAAUAAAAUUCAUAUCUUCGCGCCGCCGUGUAAUAUCCUCUAUAUAUUAUCCACUGACUCCUCUAAUGUCUCAUGCCUUACUUAAUUGCAUACUAACUAACUUCCAUACUCACUUCAACUUUUCUUUGCUUUCUUUCUUUCUAAUGUAGCUACUGUGUACGUAAUUGAUUGAAAUGUUUGUAAGAAAUAGGAGCCAACGAGAUAACACUAGCUUAAUUGGUCUCUUGACACCAAAAUUAUAUUUCCGUGAACAGUGAAAGAUGUUUAAUUAACGAAGGUAAAGUAUAGGUUUCAGUUUUAAUUUAAGUUCUCUGAAUAACUAAUUAUUUAAAGCGUCUACCAUAAUCAAAUACUAAUAUAUGAUAAUUACUCUUGUUCAGUAAAGCUUUUCACAGUCUGGUAUAUCAUGCAUUAAGCAGUGGCAGUAGUAGUGAUGCUGAGAGCAAAGAAGAGGCUUUGACUAUAUACCAAGACAUUUGUGAAAUCAUCGAGAACCAGGCAAAGGUAAAAUACUACAGGCUGAGUGUUGUACGCUCAUCCAGUGUCUGAAAAGUUCAUGGACCCUUAUCGGCUCUAAAAGAUAUAUCAAAUGGUAUAAAACCUUUCUCAGUUUUUAUAUAAAUCAUUUGACGAGAAUUUACCUCUGUUUCAGGGAUCGUAUCCCGAAGUACAAAUCCUGUGGCUCAUGACGAAAGCGUGGAACUGUGGGAUAAACCUAUUCAGGUAAAUAAUCAUAUUACGUAACACCGGGAUGCUUAAGAAAGAAGAAAAACGAAAUCUCCGGACCUGCCCUCUUUGCUGAAUCGAACAUGUGGCUUAAAAACAGGGUAGCCACAGAUUCAGUGUCGGCUUCCUGACACGGUUUGAUGAGUUUACUUUUUAAAAGGAUAUGUAUAAUUGCGUCGCGCACACGACACGCAGAUAAAUUUUGCAUUCAUUGUUUCAAAUCUAGCGAAUUUGCAACCCCAAUUGUGAGUAGUCGAACAUAAGCGACAUUCGGUGUCUGUAUCAGUCAGUCUCUAUUUCCGUUAUAUAAGCACAAGCAUAUUGAAAUGAGACAGCACUUCACCUGCUUAACAUGAUGCUUUUUUCAAAAUACUUGAUUCAUCAUUAAAAACGUUGGAGCAUGUAAAAAAAAGUGUGAUGUACUGGCUUUACUAUGUUUCUUGUUCACAGUGCCAGUAGACAUGAAGCUGGAGAGAAGUGGUGUGCGCUGGCAAUGAGACUGCUGCAUCAUUUGCCUACAUUUAAGUGCAACUAUCAAGAAAAGGUCAGUUCAACUCUCUGUUGAUUACAGGGUGAUAAAACCCUUUCAAGUUAAAGCUUUUUUCAUGCGUCUUUCACUGCUUCCUGGUUCGUUUUCGUCCAUUUGAUUCAAGCUACAAAGUAUGUGACAGAGAACAGGUUUUUAGCUGCUUAAAAAAAUUCAGUAAUAAGGGUAACUCCCCGGGGUCUGGUAUAGGUUAAGGGUUCCCGGGUCACGGCGGCACAUCCCCACCCAGAAAUUCCUAAAGUCCCCCCCACCGGGGGGGUAACUCCAGUCACGAACCAUCAAAAGCCGUAUAUCAUUAUUUAGUUAUCCACUUUACUGUUUCUUUAGAUGACCAAGGUAUACGGUGGUCUUCUGGAUCGUAUGGAAAACAACACAUUCAAGCGCCAAGUUGAAGAGUGACAUGAACUGACCGUCUAAUUAAUUAGGCAGCAGAAAAUACACAUUUCUGGGAAAAACAUUCUUAUAGUUAUACUUGGCGGUUAUGUAUUUGCAUCCGGCAUGGACUAGCUUUGAUUGAGUUUUGUUCCAAGGAAAUCAUAAGAUUUGUUUUACUAGACUCCUCGUUUUUGUAAAAGUCUAUUUGUAAAACCUAUAUUUCUAUUACACAUAACGAUAUGCUCUGACAAGGAAAGAGAAAUUCGCGCAUUUAUAGUUUUGCUUAAGAAGUGGUUCUUACGUCUUUGACGGCCA